AUGUGUAACCACCUGGUAAAACCGGAUUUAUUCGGUGCCGAGCACCGAGUACUGCGAGGCUUUGCGUUUCAAAGCGUCAGAGUCGUGUCUCGUGCAGCAUGCGCCCGAGACUGCAUCUUGGAGUAUCGGUGUUUGUCGAUCAACUACUUCGAGGAGGAGCGUCUCUGUGAAUUGAAUAAUGCCACAAGGUCCCAGUACCAAGAGAACUUUGAUAUCCUACAGGGGAGCUUCUAUAUGGACUAUGACAAGAACACCACUCUCUUGGAAGACGGUGGCCAACAACUGGGGGUCUUGCAAGUGGCGUCUUGCGAGGAGUUGCUUCAAGCUGGUUUGUCCGUUGGUCAUCGAUUCCCCAGCGGGAUCUACAGUAUUUACCCCAACAAUCAAACUACGGCGGGUGGCGGCCUACGGGUCUACUGCGACAUGGAGACCGACGGAGGGGGCUGGAUCGUGUUCCAGAGGCGGCAAGACGGGUCGAUGGGCUUCUACCUCUCCUGGGCCGCCUACCGGGCGGGGUUCGGGGACCUGGCCGGGGAGUUCUGGCUCGGGAACGACAACCUGCGCGCCCUGACCGAAGGAACUGGUAAAAGUUGGGAUCUGAGGAUCGACAUGGAAGACUGGGAUGGCGAGACUGCUUGGGCGGAGUACGGCGACUUUAGUAUUACGGGAAAUGAGUACGUCUUGCGAGUGAACACCUUCAACAAAGCCAGCACAGCUCAAGAUUCGUUGCUGGAGACGCACAACGGGCAGCCAUUCUCAACACCGGAUCACGACAACGAUGGCAAUUUCUUCCUCAGUUGUUCGAGCUUGAAUGGAGGGGCAUGGUGGUACAAGAAUUGUCACGAUUCUAAUCUCAAUGGUGUCUAUCUUUCUGGCUCCAGUGCCCCCUACAAUCAAGGCAUACAGUGGGAAAGUUGGAGAGGAGACAGCUAUUCCUUAAAGAAAUGCAGCAUGAAGAUGCGGGAAAUAAUUUAA